GAACAGGCAGGCCCCUUGCCUGACUGUUGGUUGGAAGUCAAGCACCAGCGGACUCCUCGACUCAAGCCAGCAGCAAACAUCAUGCGAACUUCCCCUGCCAUCUGGCUAGCAGCAUGCCUGCUCCAAGCCAACCUUGUCUUCUCCAACCUAGUCGGCUUCGGCCUUCACCCUUUCAAAAUCUACUGCGCCUCCGCAUGCCAGUGGGCACUCCAAGCUUAUCCCCUAGAAUGCUCUGAAAAGAUCCCAAAGGGCUUCCUCGGGUGGGCAACCACGAGCUCAGAGUGCAAAGCCAAUGACACAGCCUGGCUCACCACGCUGGCCUGGUGUCUGCAUGUCAACUGUAAAGCCCAUCGCAUGUCGGAAUUGCAAGCGUUCUGGGAGACUGAUGCUACACGCGAUAUGACGAAUUUUGGCAACACGGAUCGAGUAUCAAGCCCAGUUGAAUACCGCUUUGGGUGUGACGAAGGAGCAGGAGACAGGCGCGGAAUAUGGGUGUGUCUUCUUUCCCUACCUACUAUACACCAGGUCUACUUGCUGACACGCCAAAGCGUCAUCAUCCUCGUCACUGGCUUCGGCAUACCCAUCAUCCUGACCUGGCUCUACCACCUCCCCUUUACCUCUGGCCUCUUGUCCAAGAUCACCCCAUACUUGACCCAACCCAGCAGCCUCGGCACUUAUUCCGUUCGCCCCUUGCCAUUCCUCCUCGGCAAUGCCCCAACCAUUGGCCAAGCAGCAUACAUCGCCAUCUUCUUCAUCAUCCACAUAGUCCUCAUGUCAGUCAACUACCGGUCCAUGCAACCACACCUCUACUACCCCGGCGAGAGUAUGGAGAUCAAAGCGUACAUCUUUUACCGCACAGGAAUAGCAGCUUAUGCUCUCCUCCCCCUUCUCAUCCUGUUCGCGUCAAGGAACAACGUUUUGUUGCUUUGGUUGACGAACUGGUCUCACGCUACGUAUCUGCUUCUUCAUCGCUGGGUGGCAAGACUGUUUGUCCUCCAUGCUUUGGUGCACAGUUUCCUGGCACUGCCAAUCUUCCUGCCACAGCAAGCAGUGGUUGACUCUGACUAUUGGGCUUGGGGCGUUGCGGCUGCUGUUCUUUGUGUUGCCAUUCUCUUUGCGAGUGUUCUGCCUCUGAGGAGAUGGUCAUAUGAGAUAUUCUUAGUGACGCACGUUGUCUUGUCGGUUAUUCUCGUUGUUGGGCUUUGGUAUCACGUUGUUCUUUGGAUUGGGCUGGACUCCUACGGCUAUGAGACCUGGAUUUAUGCCGCCUGUGCAGUUUGGUUCUUUGACAGAGCAGCGAGGGUAGGGAAGGUGUUGAAAAACGGGGUUCUGAGUUGUACUUAUUGUGAGCGUGACUACGACGCUUGGGGAAUGGUACAUCCGGUUGACAUACCCCGAGCGUCGUUUGCCAAUGAUGGGCCUGGGCUGCAUGUUUACGCUUACUUUCCCACUUUGAGUCUCUGGCGGCCGUGGGAGAACCACCCGUUUUCAAUCGUUCCAACAAGCCUGAUGUCCCGGGUUGAAAGGCAACGACCAGAGCAGUCAAGCGGCAGCAGCAGUCCGACAGCGAAAGAGUCAGGUGUUCACAUCAACGUUCACGAUGUUGAGAAACACCACGGCUUUAGGGAUACCGCGUCUGCGCCACUGGAAACGGGGAUCACCCUGCUCAUCAAGAAGUCCAUGGGGAUUACCAAGCACCUGAAGGCCACCGAUGGGCUUUUGACUCUCAUGGAUGGCCCAUAUCACAAUACUUCUACCAGGGAGAUUCGCCAUUGCGAUAGGCUGCUUCUCAUUGGAGGUGGGAUUGGCAUCACCAGUCUGCUUCCGUGGAUUGCCAGCCAUCCGAACAUCAAAUUAUUUUGGAGUGUCAAAGAAUCGGCGAGGUGUCUGGUCGAGGAAGUUCAAGGUGUGUUGAGCGAGAUCGAGAAAGAUGUUCGAGUCGGAAGGAGACUGGACAUUUCUCGGCUGUUAGAGCAAGAAGCCGACGUUGGGUACUGCAACAUCGGCGUCGUGGUCUCUGGACCGGGCGGGCUCUGUGAUGAUGUCAGGGCAGCUGUGGUAGCGGUUGGAAAGAAAGGGUCCACGAGUUUUGAGCUUGACGUGGACGCGUAUUCGUGGUAG